AUGUACCUCCGAAAGCGUGUGUUUCUAAUCUCAUGCCAGGUGUCCACGCACGCACUGGUGAUGGCAAAUCCCUCACCAGAUGAGAAAGAAGACGCUGCAGUGAAGGAGAACAUGGUGUCACGGUGCAGUGUCUCUUUCAAUUCGCAGCGUCGAUUCCAGAGCACACAGAAUGCAGUUGUGGCGAGCAGCGGUAGCAGUGCUGAAAGACGCAAACGUUAA